AUGGAGCGCGAAGAGCUCGAGCUGAUGUCCACGCCGUUCGACGACAAGAAAUACUACGAGAACAUCCGGCGCGCGCUGGUGUCGGGAUUCUUCAUGCAGGUGGCCAAGAAAGAAGCGAACGGGAAGACGUACACGACGGUCAAGGAUAAUCAGACGGUGCUGCUACAUCCGAGCACGGUGCUGGGCCAGGAUAGCGAGUGGGUCGUCUAUAAUGAGUUUGUGUUGACGACGAAGAAUUAUGUCCGCACGGUUACGGGGGUCCGGGGUGAGUGGUUGUUGGACAUCGCACCGAAUUACUAUGAUAUCUCGACGUUCCCCAAGGGUGAGGUCAAGACCGCUCUGAUCAGGACGCAGGAACGGAUGCAGAGGAGACAAAAGAUGAAGGGUGGUAGGUAG